AGAAGCGGAUGAAGAGACGGCGCUGCACGGACGCCCGGCGUCCCGACGCUCUACAGAAGAGCGUCGGCUGUGACGACAACGACGGCGACGCUUUUCGUCCGUCGUGGUUCCUAUCUCCGGUUUAACCGUUUUUUUUUAGUUUGAGGAUUGUUUGGUGCUGCUUAGGGCUGAUUUUUCCCUGGGGAGCAAAUAAACGACAAACAUGGUCCUCCAAGCCUCCGCGACGUAUCUUAAUCAAUAGAAAAGUUUAGUACCGAUUCGUGCUCGCAUGAUAGGCAUUUUUUUCGAUACUUAGCCGGAUAGCGGAUUAGGAAAGCAACAUGCAGCAAGUUGGGUGGAAACAAUACGAUGACUUUGAAGAUCCAGGAUUAAAAAAAGGGGCUUUAGAGCAAGACGAUGUCAGCCUGGACAGCCUUCCGGAAUACCAAAAACCACCGCCUAGAGCAAUUGACCAGUAUAUUCGAGCAGAAAUUCCUCAUCUAUCUCGGAGAGCCACCGUAUCGCUUCUUUGCUGCGUAGGGUUUAUCAUUAUGUUUGGUAUGAGGGAAACCAUGGGCAUGGUUAACUCCGAAAUUGAAGGCAAUAAAAAUCACAAACAGAUGUCCAGGUCCACCAUAAGCGCUAUAGAAUCUGCUAUUUUUUGGGGCUACUUUAUUACACAGAUACCCGGUGGCUUAAUUGCAGCCGCAUAUCCAGCUAACAAAUUAUUUGGUGCAGCGAUAGGAUCAUCCUGUAUAUUAAAUCUAUUUGUGCCCGCACUAUAUGAUAAACCUAGUGGAUUGAUCAUUGUUAAGGUUAUGCAGGGGUUAGUGGAGGGUGUCACAUAUCCAGCUUGUCAUGGUAUAAUGAGGCACUGGGCUCCACCUUUAGAAAGAUCCAGGUUGGCCACCAUAGCAUUUAGUGGUUGUUAUGCUGGUGUUAUGUUUUCCAUGAUGGUAUGCGGUAUCCUAAUGAAAAACAUCAGUCUAUACGCUCCCUUUUACUUCUACUCCAUAGUAGGUAUAAUAUGGUACCUAUGUUGGUUGUGGCUUGUUUUUGAAAAACCUUCCUUGCACACGUGUAUAGAACCUAAAGAGCUGAUAUUAAUUGAAAAGUCUUUAGGUGGGACCCAACAAAACUACGCCAGACCCACCCUAAGAAGCACUCCUUGGAAAACCUUUUUUACUUCAAUGCCCUGUUACGCUAUUUUCGUUGCCAACUUUUGCAGAUCCUGGAACUUUUACCUCUUAGUGCUUUUCCAGGCAUCAUAUUUUAAAGAGGCAUUUGGAACAAGUACAGCAGAGAAUGCCUCUUUAGGUGCUCUUCCACACUUCUUAAUGACCCUAGUGGUGCCUGCCGGUGGAAUAAUGGCUGACCGACUAAGGAAAAAGGGCAUUCUAAAUACAACGCAAGUAAGAAAGCUUUUCAAUUGCGGUGGGUUUGGGCUGGAGGCAACUUUCUUCUUGGCAAUGGCUUACAGUCAUACCACAUUACAAGGAAUGACUGCACUUACGAUAGGUGUGGCAUUUAGUGGCUUUGCCAUAUCUGGAUUCAACGUAAACCAUCUCGAUAUCGCGCCAAGGUAUGCCAGCAUUUUAAUGGGGUUAUCCAAUGGUAUCGGUACUAUUGCUGGGGCUGUGGUACCAAUUGUGAAGAAUAAUGUUGUUACAAAUGGGACAAAAGAACAGUGGCGCAUCCUAAUCAUCCUCUCAGCGUUAAUUCAUUACGGCGGCAUAAUAUUCUAUGGAUUGUUCGCCUCUGGGGAGCUACAACCUUGGGCAGACCCAAAAGUGGAAGAGGAAAAACAGUGGAAUCAGAUGAAUGAGAAUGUCCCGGUCGCAAAAUAUACUACUCAAUCGAAUGGGCUACUGCAGCGUCAGCCCAGCACAGGUGGUCACACGAAUUAUGGAGCUGCAAUGGAAACUUCUAUGUCGGGACAGCAGCAGGUUCCACCACCUAGGCCCACGGCACCUAGGAGUUUAUCGCAGGAGGGUGUACAACCCCAAGCAGUUCCAAUAUCCGCUAACCCCUUUUUAAGCGGAUCAGUCACCAGAAAUCCUUUUAGGCAAGAAGCUGUGCAGCCAGAGCCUCAGGAUAGGUAUAUGCAUGGCAGUAUCCAUGAUAGAACCUAUUAGUUCAAUUCAUUUUUAGUUUAAGAUUUAAAUAUGUUUUUCGGAGCCAUUGAAGUUAGAUAAUUAUAGUUUAACCCGUUUAACUUAAAAACCAUGUUUAAAGAAAAUUAUGUUUUUGCUCCUGCUUAGCAGUGACUUACAGUGAAUAAUUGCAAAUUAGUCAAGACUCUAAAUUUUGACAAUAAACUAAGUGAUUUUGCACUUGUUAAUCCAUGCAUUUAAGUCUAGUAAUUACCAACUGAAUAGUCGACAAUACUAUGCACUUUGAUGAAAUUUGCACUUAAAAUUGUUUAUAAACAUCUUGUAUAUUUUUUAUUGUAAAAUAUUAGUGCAGCUUAGCUGACAAUAGCACAAUGAUAUAAUAUUUUGUAAAUUAUAAGUAAUUCGCAAUUUUUAGGCGAAGAAUGACUUUUUCAAUAGUAUAUUUAGAGAUAACGACGUCAAUUUGUAAAUAGAGUUAGAUAACACAACCUAUACGAUCAAAUUCCUUGUAUAAUAAUCAGUUUAUAGUAUAAGGAUGAAGUUAGUGUUAGCUAGUGACAACAAUGCUAUAUGAUGGUAGUUUAAAAAGGUAUUGGCAGAAUAUUUAUGAUUUUAUGGACUAAUAUCUGUUAAUGAUACUUUUGACCAAACAAAUUGGCAUCACAAAUUGUAAAAAGCAACAAACUUUAAAGACGACAUAUUUUAAUCACGAUUCAUUUCAGCGCAUUCAGAAAAAGUUAUGAAAUGAAAUUUGGAGGAAAAACGGAAAAUAAUUGCUAAAAUUGACAAAAGUAGCAAAGUUCCAGCUGCUAUAUUCAAGUUUUUUUUUUAUCGUACAGACAUUAUGUUAACGGGAGAGUCAAUAUAUUUUAUAAAGCAAUGCCUUAAUGAGGGUUAAUAUCUGGUAAAAAUUUAACAUCUUAAAUGCUUCUCAGUUACUAUUAUUCUUGUUCUUACAUUUUUGGGUUGAUGAUUUUGCAAAUUUAAGUGAAGUUCGAAAAUUUUGAAAAGUGUCGGUUUUUUUUAAGCAAAGUAGUUUAAUUUAACUAAAAUUUAUAAUAGUAAAGUUUUCUUGGGUCGCUGAUUUCAAAAAUGAACGUGAAUUUCUAUAAUCUAAAAUAGUUAAAUUUUUUAUGAAAUCUCGUUCAAUUCAGUUGAAAUACUAAGGUUAAACUAAGGUUAUCUGGAUCGCAGGUUCUAAAACUGGACGUGAAAUUCAAAAACUCAAAAUAGCGGACAUUUUUUGCGAAAAGUAAUUUAAUUCAAAUGAAAUUUAUAAUAGUAUGAUUUUUUGUGUCGAUAAUUAUAGGUGACAUGUAAAUGUGGAGGAGACAUUUUUCUUUAAUCCUAUUAAUAUUUUGGAGGUCAGAGAUGUGAGAAAAAAUAAAAAUAAAACAUCAGCAGCUUGGGAUCAUAUAUCUCUUGAUAUUAAUCUUAUUUGCUCCUGGAUAUUUUGCUUUAAUUAAUUAUUACUUUUGACGUAGCCCCAUAAGAAAUAGUCAAGUGGCGACAGGUCCGGGCUCCUAGGAGGCAGUUAAUAAUUGCCUCUUCUUGAAAUGACUUUAUUGGGGAAUAAUUGUUGAACUGCUUCAAUUGCUCGAUUUGACGUAUGGCAUGUCGCACCAUCCUGCUGAAACUAGGUUUCUAAGUUAAAAUCUUGAAACUGUCGGAGAGAUAGUGCAAGAAAAUCUUGUAACAUUGCACAAUACCGCUCAGUUUUAACGGUAAGUGCCCGUCCAUUUUGAUCUUCAAAAAAAUACGGCCCAAUUAUGUCAUCAGCAGACAUAGUAGGCCAUACGACCACUUUGGGGCUAUGCAGUGGACGUUCGUGUUUUCUGCGAGGAUUAACGUCAGACCAGUAUCUGCAAUUUUGCCUAUUUACGUGGCCAUUUACAUGAAAAUUAGCCUCAUCACUAAAAAAAAUAUUAUUGAAAUCGACGAAUCGUUCCAUCAUUUCAUACAAAUUCCAACCGUGUAUUGUAAUCCCUUGGUUUUAAUUCCUGCACUAACUGUAUCUAAUAUGCAUGCAGAUGCAAGUCUUUGGUCAAAAUGUUAUGUUAAGAUAAUUUUUUGAGAGUAGUAGUGUGACUUCGCUUCCGUACAGAUAAGGUUGAAUUCUCUCUGAGUGAUUGACGUACUCGUUCGAUGUUUUCUGCACUUCUUACGAUUCGUGGGCGGCCUAGAUUAUGAAUUUUCACUGUGCAUCCAGUAGCUUCAAACAUUCUGAUCCAUUUUCUAAUAACAUUAGGGCUAGGUGAUAAUUGAAUAUCAUGUAAUAGGUAAUGAGCGCGAUAUAGACGGCGUGCUGUCACGAUUGAAUUAUUGUUUUGGUAAAAUGCACGUACACAAAAAGCCCGUUGCUCUCCGGUAAACGGCUCCAUUGCAACUAAAAUUCCUUGAACCCGUUUAUAUUUUGAUUCCCACCGUAAGUGGCGGCGUUGCCACGUCUGACAUUAAAUAACAAAUAAAGUGCUGAUACCCUAUUUGCACACCUUGUACAUUACCCGAUUACCUUAAACAAGUAAUUGUUGUUCCGAUUCAUAAGGGGGAGACUUUUUGAUCUUCCUCAAUUUCUUUAUGGCAAACUUUAUUCGGUUAAGUUGCUGCCGCAGUGUUCUGUGACAUAUCCAAGGCUUUUGACUGAAUACUGUUGUAGAAGUUAGAAAUAUGUGGUUUUAGAGGGUUUUCUUUGGGUUGGUUCAGCUUUUAUCUACCGGAUUAUAUCCAAAGGGUUAUUUUGGUGGUCAUUGCUCUGAAGAACUACAGUCUACUAUAGGGGUUCCUCAAGGUUCCGUCCUGGGGCCGUUAUUGUUUCUUCUUAAUGUUAAUGACCUUCCUUUGUUCCCUUUAAAUGUAGGGUUACUAUGUUUGCAGAUGACACCACCAUCCUUUGGCAUGGAAAACACAUUGGCCAACCGAAAAUGUUUCUGGAUGCUGACUUGCUUAUGAUUAGGAAUGGUGCAAUGAAAAUCGAGUUUAUUUUAAUACGUCGAAAACAAAUUUGUUAAGUUUCAAAUGUUCAAUGAAUUCUGUCACUAUUAAUAAUGAGCCGAUUUCAACUGGACGGUGUUACAUGUUUUUAGGAUUGACAAUUGAUUGCAGGCAAAAUUCCAGGAAUACAUAAUUAAAGUAUGCCGGUGUCAUCAGGUUGCUAUGUCAGAAUAAUUUCACGACUUAUUUGGUUACAACAUGUAACUUGCACGCUUACAUGAUGGCCAAAAAUGCUUAUCAUGCCCUUGUGGAGUCACCUUCGCUAUGGGAUUUAUUUCUGGGAAUCAUGCGUCCAUUAUCUCUUUAAUACAAUAUUUGUUCAAAAAAGAGCAAUUAAAGCCCUUUGUAGAGUGAAGUGUCGUGCAAAGUAGAAUCUUGACCCUUUGUUGCCUAUAUAUGCUUGAAACAGUAACUGCGACCCUCAAAAAGCACAAGCAGGAAAUUGUAGGAGGCAGUUCGUUUGGAACUCGUCUUAUGUACAAUUCUCGGUUGCCCAAUCCAUAUUCAGAACAAGCGAGAAGUUUUUUUAUUUACAUGGGUAAGAAAAGGUUUAAUCACCUUCCUCUUCGAAUAAGAUCCAUUAGUUUUAAGUUUUACUGCUAUCUUUUGAAUUUGAAUAACAUAUACAGUGUGUCCAAGAUAAGGAUGUCUAUCAUGGGGAUCUCGGCAGCUAUAGGAGAUACGAGGUAGACUAAAUUAGAGAAAAGUUGCGCAUUUUAGAGCCUAACAAUACGCCGUUUAGAAAGUUUUAAAAUUUUGAGUAGUGCCGGAGAUAUUCGAGAAGAACCGAAAUUUGCCGAUUUCGUUUUUAUUUUUUUCUGGCGUUAUUUAAAGAGAUAUAGAAAAACAAUUUACACUUUCUCAUGCCCACUUUUUAAGCUCUAAAAACUAACAUUGCGAGAUUUUUCGUACGACGUUUUGUUUCGAAGAAACCAUCAUCAACUUAAUUUUUUUAUAUGGCGCGUAAAAAAAGUACGCCCUGUAUAAAAUAGUAUAUUUUAUUACGAUUAUAACGAUGUAUGACACAAUAUGUUCCUACAUUAUUUAAAUGUUAAAAAUUGGAUUUUUAUUAAAUUCCGAUGGUCUUGAUGUAGUAGGCGGUGAAAUGAUGACCCUGAGUAUGGUGUAGUAGGCUGCUAUUACUCAUAUUUUGAAAUACUUAAUAAAAAUCACGUUAUUGACAACUUAAAAACUUUAUUUAUAUACCAUCACGUAGCUAGGUCACGUAAUUAUUUUAAAGAAUUAAACACAAUAUUACAUUAAAAAACUACCUACUAGAAACUCAAAAAUACUAAUUUAAAUCAUAGUAUUAAAUGUUCAAACAAAUUACCAUUAUUCUCCAAAUACAGAUAACAUCUUUUAACAGUCGAGUUUAAAACACUUCUUAACAUAUCAGGUGUAAUGCUCUCAAAUGCUUCAAGAACUAUUCUCCUCAGCUGAUCCUCAGAUUCAAGAACACGACUGUAAACAUAAUUUUUGCAAUAGCCCCAGAGAAAAAAGUCUAGCGGAGUUAUGUCUGGGGAACGAGGAGGCCACGGAACUGUAGAAUGUGUUCCUAUCCAUUUUUCCGGAAAUCUGUUCAAUAGAUAUUCUCGCACGAUUAGCGCAUUGUGUGCGGGCGCACCAUCCUGCUGAUACCAACAGUUUCUAACCUUGGCAAGCGGUAAGUUGUCCAAGGAUUAUUCCAAAUCGCGUUCCAAUAAGUUACGAUACCGCUCCGAGGUAAGGGAAUUGUUGUAAAAAAGGGGCCUAUUAAAUCUGUUCCAAAAAUGCCAACCCACAUAUUAAAACCGAAACCGUGCUGAUGUCUAACCAUUUGGUGUACUCGGGGAUUAUCUCUUGACCAAUAAUAGGUGUUCUUCCAGUUAAAAAUUCCAUUAUUUGUAACCAUGCUCUCGUCGGCGUCGGACCAGAUAAUCCUAUGGGGAAAUGUUUCAUCCUCCUGACACUUCCUGGUGUACCAUUCACAAAAUGUUCUGCGCCUUUCUUCGUCACCAGGUCUGAGGCCUUGACAGAUUCUAAAUUUAAACGGGUGGUAUUUUUUUUUCAAAAUGAAAUGGGCCGUAGAUUUUGGUAUUUCAGUGGUAUUUUCAAUUUUUCUAACAGAUAUUUCCGGCUUUUCAAUUACAGCUAAUACUGCAUUAUUUUCUUUUUCUUCAUUGCAGGGCUUAUAUCUUGACAAUACUGGCUUCUUAAACCCACCAUACUGCUUAAGAUUGAAAACCAAUCGUCCGAAAAUUUUUGUACUAGGUUGUUUCCUGUCUCGAUAGUUAUUUAAAUACAUACGAUCAGCUUCAACAGCGUUGCUGAAGCAUAGGAUAAAACAUUUCAACAUAUCAAACUUUUCCUCAGGUAAAAAAGCGUCUUCCAUUUUGUAACAAAAAAAACUAGCAACAAGACGCAAAAACCGAGUUCAAAAACACAAUGUCAACUAAAUUUAUCAAAUAAUUAAAACUAUUUACUUCACUUAAGA